CAGUGAGUAUGCAAAUGGGACUGCUGAGGAUUCUGUUGAUAUGCAUACUGAAAGCCAUGGUGGUUCUAGUCUUGCCGAUAAAAGAUCAGCUAGAAAUGGACGGAAGCGUGGCCGUGCUCAGACAUCUCAAAUCACUGUGAGUGGUGGGGAUGAUAGUGAAGGACGUUCUGACAGUGUCAUGGGUGCCCAGCGCAAGAAGAGGCGAGAAAAAGUUCUUCCAGCUGAGCAAGCUCCAGGGGAAAGUCGAUACAAUCUACGGCGACCCAAAAUUGGAGUUACAGUUGCUGCUGCAAGUGCAUCGCGUGACCUUGUCAAAGAUAACGAGGAAGAGGUCGAUAAUGCUAGAGCUACUGAGCACUACUCUAAAGCUGCUCUUGCUACUUCAAUAGGAGUUGGUCGCGAGAAUGGUGGAAGCACACACUUGGUGCGGUGUGGGACUCUUGGAGACACUCAAGAUGGUGAUGCAGAUGCAAUAAAAAAUAUGGAAGAGAAUACGGCAGUUAGUGAAGAGGUGAAUGGUUCAACAGAAGGGGGUCAAGAGUUUGUUGAUGGAGAUGAGUACAGGAGUGAAUCCCAGAAUGGUACUCCCAUUGAAGAAGAUGAUGACGAUGAAGAGUCUGAACAUCCUGGUGAAGCCUCAAUAGGAAAGAAGCUAUGGACCUUCUUCACAACAUAAUAACGAAGACUUGUUUCCAGUAGGGGUGGCUUCAGUUGGAACUUGACUGCAUCAACUUCUUUAGCUUUGCUGUUAGCUCUCUAAUGUGUAGUAGUAUUGUGCAUUAUCAAUUUAAGUGUAGUUAGAACCAUGGAAGUAUUUGAGGCGGAGGGAUAGGGUUUUUGUUUACCCUCACUUUUCUUUUUCUUAUUUUUUUUAGGAUUCAGGACAAUAUUGGGCUGUUUCUUAUUUUUGUACGACAAUGCUAGAUAUUCUUAUGUAGCAGCAGCAGUAGCCAGUGCAUAUUUUAUCACUGGACUGAGCUCCGCCAUUUCCACAUUGUUUGUAUCAAAGUUUGUAUCUCUUUCGUUCUGGGCUGAUUGUUUUAACUA